AUGGGGUGCGAUGGGCGGGUGUUGGUUUCUGGGGGCGUUUCUUGGAUGUGUUCGCAUCACGAGUCAGAACAGGGCUGCAUCGCGGCCCAAGAGCGCACUGUCGUGUCCGUGUUGUGGUUGUAUUGGAUCUUUCUCCGCACACCCAACGGCGAACUUUCAUCUCCCGCAGAACACAUCCAAGACCAUGGCCCAAGGAUGUCGUCGUCGGGACUGAAGUUACGCAUCGGCGUGCCGCUCGGGGAGCGUCUCGGGACUUCACAUCCACCAAACCUUCACCCCAUGGAUUCCACGGCACUCACGUUCCAACCAAGGCCGCAAUACUCGGCAAAUCAGGGCCGUCGGGAUGCUGCACCGCCGCCAGGCGGAGGAACUAUGAUCGCCGCGUUCCAGAUGGAGGUUGCGCCGAACGCGCCUGUGGGGGAUACCAAACCUCGCGCCUGCAUGCACGAGUUUUACGGUACCGAUCCCACCACCACACCCUCACAUCUUCAAGGCUGUCCCGGACCGCCGUCCCUCAAUACCCGCGCCCCCGGUCACUGUCGGAAGAGUAACACAUCACAUCCCACACUUCCAUACUCUCGUUCAGAUCCCACCGGAGCCGAAAGAAAACUUGGCGCGCGCGACAACACAGCAGCGGCGCAGUUUCAAACGUGUUCUCGUGACCUUUCCUCCCACAACACAGCAGAAACAAAACCAUGGCGCGUAUCGCCGAUACAAAGAUUCCUGCUGCCCGCGCGGACAUCCACCGAGGCUGGCUGGCUGGCUGCCCCCCGUGAUCGCUUUUAUGUGCGAAAGACGCAGGGCAUGGCGUUCAAGUUCAUGAUAGCUGGUCCGCAAGGUCUCAUCAGGAACCGUACGGAUACCAGUUACCCUCAGCCGAAUAUAAGCGGAGCGGUCUGUCCGGCUACUACAUGGCGACGAUGA